AUGCUCGGUAGCGAGAAGCAAAUUACGGUUUUGCUAGGGGUUGGCAGUAGAAACGGAUUCUCAGCAUGCGCCGACCUCCGAUCCGGUAGAAGCCGCAGUGGCUACUACAGACGUAUCCGGAUCGGCUGGUUGACCUUGGCCGGGAUGCGUCAACAACGAGCAGGAAGGGCGGGGUUCAUGGCGUUGGAUCGACGGCUGCGAACACACGCAAAGCUCAGCGUUCGGAUACGGUCAGACCACGGUCGAGACCGACCAAGACGCGGUGAGAUGAGCAUGGCCAGUUUCGCCAAGUCCGAGGCUUCUCCUUCCACCCACCACACUCGACUUACCAUCAACCGUCAAUAUAUCCAAUGCCUACAUCGAUACAUACUCUGCAUCACCGGAUGCUCCUAUGAGAUACGCGAUGUAGUUCUAGCACAGAAGACGACGUUUUUCCCACGAAGUUAUCGCCAAAUGAAUCUCAUGAUACUUGGCUUGAGAGGGUGCAAAGGGCCAAGUGAAGCUCAAGGGCAUCCUGACGCGUUGAAGAUUGGACAAGAAUUAGGUGCUGAUGAGAAUGGUUUGGAAAUUGAGAAAGGGAAGGAGGGAGAUGUUAAGCCAAAAGAAGUCGUAUCAAGUCACCGCGCCGAGGACCUCAGACUAUAUCUCACCUCACUUGUCAUAGAAGGCUCAGCGCGGCUCGGAUAUCAAGGAACAUCAGAAGCGCUCGUGCCUUUCGGGGCCCAGGUGGCCUCCUCCAUAGCAUCAGCUGAUACCUCACUUCACCGAAAUAUAGACUGCCUAUGCACCGAAGCUCUACCCUCAGAUUCUGGGGAACUAGGAAGAGCCUUCGCUGAUCACGCCUUGUGUCCAUAUCGAGUUCAUGUGACUGCGCAGGGUCAAGAUAGGUAG